GACAAUGGGAAAGAAACAAACGCCUGGAGAAUGACAUUCAAGCCAAAGGCAAGGGACGUGGGACGAUUUUUAUAGGUUGUGUUGCAGAAAAUCAGAAAAAGAAAAAACAGUCCAUUCAAAUUCUUUCACUCAUUUUUAAUCCGGUUGGUAGCAAAAAGCUAUAAAUGACUUUUUGUUAUUGAUAAAAUCUCUUUUUGCCGAUUCAAGUGGCUCUGCUGCUUCGUCUUUUUGCGAUCUCCUUAUGCCACAUGAUCUUCUGAUCAGACGAGUGUCCAAACUCACGUCAGACACACAAUUGUAAUCUGCCAAAGAUUUAUUUUAUAUCAUAUAAAACACUAAUGCAAUAAUCGCCCACAAGUCUUUCUUUCUUGCCGUGCUCUGGAAUGUGACUUUGGAGAGAGGAAGUGAGGAAUUAUUUUGCUUUGGCUUGAAAAGUAAAUCCUGGAAAUGUCUCUCAAGGCAUUAGACUACGAGUCCCUGAAUGAAAACGUCAAGAAUUGUCAGUAUGCAGUCAGAGGUGAACUCUAUCUCCGUGCUUCUGAGCUUCAGAAAGAAGGCAAAAAGAUUAUUUUCACAAAUGUUGGAAACCCUCAUGCUUUAGGACAGAAGCCUCUGACUUUUCCUCGUCAGGUGGUUGCUUUAUGCCAAGCACCAUUUCUGCUAGAUGACCCAAAUAUUGGUAUGAUAUUCCCAGCAGAUGCUAUUGCAAGAGCUAAGCAUUAUCUAUCUUUGACUUCUGGUGGUCUUGGUGCUUACAGUGACUCAAGAGGCCUCCCGGGAGUUCGGAAAGAAGUCGCUGAGUUCAUUGAACGGCGUGAUGGAUAUCCAAGCGACCCAGAACUUAUAUUUCUAACUGAUGGAGCUAGCAAAGGUGUGAUGCAAAUCUUGAAUUGUGUCAUACGCAGUCAGAAAGACGGAAUUCUGGUUCCAGUACCGCAGUAUCCUCUCUACUCGGCUACUAUAUCUCUGUUAGGUGGUACUCUUGUUCCUUACUAUCUUGAAGAGUCUGAAAACUGGGGACUUGAUGUUAACAACCUUCGCCAAUCUGUUGCUCAGGCUCGCUCUCAAGGAAUAACAGUAAGGGCAAUGGUGAUCAUUAACCCUGGGAACCCAACUGGCCAGUGUCUUAGCGAAGCUAACUUAAAAGAGAUAUUACGGUUCUGUUGUGAUGAGAGAUUGGUUCUUCUUGGAGAUGAAGUGUAUCAGCAAAACAUAUACCAAGAUGAGCGUCCCUUUAUCAGUUCCAAAAAGGUUUUGAUGGAUAUGGGAGCACCGAUCAGCAAGGAAGUUCAGCUUAUAUCUUUCCACACCGUUUCCAAAGGAUACUGGGGCGAGUGUGGGCAACGAGGCGGUUACUUUGAGAUGACAAAUAUCCCUCCCAGGACUGUUGAGGAGAUAUACAAGGUUGCCUCUAUAGCUCUCAGUCCCAACGUCUCUGCACAGAUAUUUAUGGGUUUAAUGGUUAGCCCACCAAAGCCUGGAGACAUAUCUCAUGACCAAUUCGUUUGUGAAAGCAAGCGAAUACUAGAAUCACUGAGAAGAAGAGCAAGGAUGAUGACUGAUGGAUUCAACAGCUGCAAAAACGUCGUCUGUAAUUUCACAGAAGGGGCUAUGUAUUCAUUCCCUCAAAUAAAGUUACCGUCGAAAGCAAUCGAAGCAGCAAAACAAGCCGGAAAAGUCCCUGACGUUUUCUACUGCCUUAAGCUCUUAGAAGCCACAGGAAUCUCCACAGUUCCAGGCUCUGGAUUUGGACAAAAAGAAGGGGUGUUUCAUUUAAGGACAACAAUUCUGCCUGCAGAAGAAGAAAUGCCAGAGAUUAUGGACAGUUUCAAAAAGUUCAAUGAUGAGUUCAUGUCUCAGUACGGUGAUAAUAACUUUGGUUACUCCAGAAUGUGAAAAGAAAAGGACUCAAGAGUCAGAGAUCACUUCUUCUUCUUCUUUCACGACAUUAUUAUUGUCUAUUCACACUCUUUAAAAGCUAUAAGUACUGGUCCUACUGUGUAAAACUCUUCUUAUGCUCUUAAAAAACCUUUGUAUCUAUUGCUACAAAGCCACACACAAACUCUAAUGUUCAAUUAUACAGUAAAUGAUUUAUUUAAU